CAGGGAGUGGUCUGGUGGCGCACCUUGGGAAAUUGGGCACACACCAUGAUAGCGUUGGCGCGAACUCGUCGCUGCAUUAGGCGAAGGCGAUGCCAGCCAGCUGGAUACUGGUUGGUUGGCAGUCCGGAGCGUAUGCUCAGCUUGCUUGUUUUCUAUGGUUCACUCUAAUCACUGGCAAACCGGAUGAUCCGUCUAUCCGCCGUCGCAAUGGACCGCCAAGCGUGUCUUAUAUGCCGUGCAGUCCCAAAAUAUGCUGAUGCCCAGGUUGCUUCAACCGGACGGACCGCCGCCAUCUUUGCUCACGCUUGCCCGCAUAAUUCUUUGCUUUUUCUUUGUCCAAUCCCUACUUUCUUCAAUCUCUUUCUGCACGUGUCUUGCACUUUUUCAUUUCAAUUCAUCCCGGUGUGCCUCCUGCGCAGCCCUGCACGCAGACCGCAUCGCUCUAGUUGUGUGUCUCAGUCCCGGGAUAUUCUUGUCUCAUCCUCCGCGACGAUUACUGUCAUAUCUCGCUCUAUGUAGUGAAAUUGCACUCGUUGCUUCUUUGGCCGACUCUUCCUUUAGUGCAACGGUUGCUGCCUCCGUUGUCUUGCCUGGUGCUGCCUCCCAGUCGUCUCUGCGGCUAUCAUUUCAGCGCGUCGUUUCCUGUACAACCCGAUCCGGAUUCUUUUCCUUUCUCUCCUAUCACCUCCCUAUUCACUGUUCGUUUUACUCCUCUGCGUUUAGGCUAUGGUUGAAGCUUGGGAAUAACGAGGAAUACUUCUGGACUGGAUCUACUAACAAAUAGCAAAACUCCUGGAUUCGACUACACGGACACGACUCAUCCCAACCGCAGCCAUGUUUUCCAAAGUCAGAUGCCGGGUCUGGCUCCUGUUGUGCUUCUUUUUGAUGUUGCAACUCUCCGUUUCUCAAUCGUUCAAUGUCAUACGUCGAGCUGAUCCCAUACCAUCAUCUUCGCCUCCUCCUCCAGCAAGCAAAGCCUCUGAGCCACCACCACCACCACCGCCCGCUAGCAAGGCCGGGUCCGAUUCGCCUGCGCCUGCACAGACAGAAAAACCCAACAAGUCUGGAAACGACGAGAAUCAUGAUUCACCUACAAGCGGCGCAUCUCUCGCUGCCUCCAUCACCUCGGCGCCGGCUCCCAGUCCUACUGGGUCUGCCUUUGGCGGAAUAACUACAACCCUAGGAAAUGCCACAUUUGUAAACUUGACUUUGCCAGGCGACCAGCUACCCAUCGACCCGCAGCUUACCCCCGGCUGGGGAGUGGCUGGCUCAAUUCUUUUGCUCACCGGCCUAACAUACUCUUUGAUUGGAAUCAAGAAUCGCUGGAUACAUACAUUCUUUUCCGCUGCAUAUUUGGCAGCUCUGGGAGUCACUGUUCUGAUUAUCUAUGUCAUGCAAGUUCCAGUCAGCGACGCAUUACAAGGAGGCUACGUUGUAGCAAUCGUCGUAUCAUCUUGCGCCGUCGGAGCAGCAUCAACCUUUUUCAGAGAGCUUACCGAAGGAUUUGGAUGUGCUUUAGGUGGAUUCUGCCUCAGCAUGUGGCUUAUGUGUCUUGCACCAGGUGGUCUCCUCCAACAAGCUGCUGCCAGGGCAAUCUUCAUUGCCGCGUUCACCUUCAGCGGCUUUGCAUUCUACUUCAGUCGCUUUACCCGUGACUGGGCGCUUAUCAUUCUCAUCUCAUUUUCUGGUGCUACAGUUACUGUGUUGGGCAUUGAUUGCUUCAGCAAAGCUGGUCUGAAGGAGUUCUGGGCCUACACAUGGCAUCUCAAUGACAACUUGUUCCCCUUUGGUGCCACCACAUAUCCUGUAACCAAGGGUAUCCGGGUCGAAAUCGCUGCCGUGGUCAUAAUCUUCCUCUUUUCCAUCGUCUCGCAAAUCAAACUUUGGCGAGUCAUUCGCGAUCGUCGCGGUAAACGAGAGGCGGAGCGAGCCGAAGAUCAGCGCAACCUCCAAGCAGAGGAAGAGAAUGUCGGUCGUCAGAUCGAGGCUAGCAUGCGACGCGACCGCAAGGCAUGGGAAAGGAUCUAUGGAGAUGAUACCGUUAUCAGCUUUAGAGAUUCGCGCCUCUCUGAACCAGGUGUGAUAGAUGUCGAAAAGGCAGGACUCCGUUCCAGUUACAUGAGCCGCCGUCACUCCAACCAAGUGAUCGAACUGGAAGACUUGUCCGAAUCAAACGAAUCCCAACAGCACCUUGCUAGUUCGGCGGCUAGCCACGGUGAAAAGGGCUCCAUUAUCAUCCAAAAUGCCCAUGACGAUCCCUUUACUGAAUACAUCCACGAAAAUGGCGAUUGCGACGAACAGCACGAUAGUGUAAACGAUAUUCAGCAGCGACGUUUGUCUAAUCUUAGCAAGCGUGUAUCGCGAACUAGCAACCACAGCAAGCGUCACUCCCGAUCCAUCUCUCUAACCCAAGCACCCGAGGUCGUUCCUUUGCCCUUUACGGUCCCGGAAGGAGACGAGAACCAGCCUGAAAGCGGACGAUCGUCCGUCGCCGCCAUUGUCGACGAAGAGAACAAUCAGCCUACUAGUAAAAGUCGUGGCAUCGCAAAGAGAUUUUCCCAAAGCUCUACUACCCUGUUGCGAAGCCUGUCUCAGGGAUCCGCAAAAACAAACGACCUUUUGGACAAGGGCCGUGAAAGCCAAGAGGACCUGGUGCUUCCUAGAGAUGAAGAUGAUAACGGCUCCCUCGCAGCGACGGUUGACCACGAGAGUGUUGCGUCAAGCCGCAGAAGCUCCGUGGCUAUCGAACCCCGGAAAAGCAUCGAGAUCACAGCAGAGUUGAGCUCUACCGAUAGCGCCACCGCCGACAAAGCUGUCGACCACCCUACCCAUGCCGCUUCCGUGACAUCAGAAGUAUCUGUCCCAGCUAGCUUGAGCAAAGGGCACCUCCCCCAGUCAUUGUCUCGAGUAGCAUUAUCGUAUCGAACCAACGAAUGGGCGAAACAUCUCAGCCAUGCUGAAACCCCCGACUUGGACGAAUUGCCCGUUGACGAAUCAACCUCCUCAACCAAGGACGAUACUGUUCGCCCAGUAGAUAUGGAUGGGCUGCAGCAGGUUGCGGAGCAUGGUAUUCCACCCGCUAUUCGCCGCUCAGAGUCCCGUGCUGCUCAUGUAUCAGCCGCUCUGGAUGAGCUUACUGGUGGUGAGGAUAAGAGAUUGACAAUCGGCAGCGUUGUUUUGCCACCGCCAACCUCUCCCUUGUCUGGUCGAAACCCCAAGUCACCAACUAAUUUUGCUAUGCGAUCUCCAUCCAACUUUGGGCUUCGCAAGGCGUCCCCUAUUGAGCCUAUCGCUGAAGAGAAUGGCACCGCUGAUAUGUCAUCUACGAACACACCUGUGAAAGCCAAGCAAGAGCCUGUCAGUCGCCCAGCGAUUCCCGGUAUUGUUUCUUGUGAUAGCCCGCAGACUCUUAUUGGACAGAGAGACUUGGCGAUGCGAUCUCGAUCCCAGGUCAACUUGCUCAACACCAACGCACCUCCCCCCAUGAUGAACUACGGUGGCAGUGAUGCCGGCUCUGUUGUAGACUUCCCUGCCUAUCCCGCUAACGCAGUAAUGGAUGGAGACAACUUGACUUUGACCCAACGACGCCAACUUAUGCGAAACAACAGUCGCAUUUCCCUUACACCCUCCAUGAACUCCUUUUACAAUGCCGAAAACAACUACGGAGGAGCAGAAGCCACGACAUUCGACUCUCAUCAACCGCAGCGCAAUUCGAAUCUCCCAACGGCCGCCGCUCGCGAGGCAAAACUUGCCAAUUUCCGCAUGUCUGUAUCCCAAGAUUUGAGAGCUGGCAACCCAGUGAUGCUCUCCUCAACCCGCGAUACACCUUUUGCUUCAACAAACUCGCUGCUCAGCAGCCGCGAUCACGAGCUGCAGAGAAACAUCGAAUUUCAGCGCAAUAUAAUGCUUGGACAAAAGGAGGUCGAGGCACAACGCCGGGAGAUGCAGAAACGGGACAGAGAGUUCAGUGAUCGUGCUUUCAAUGAGAGAAUGAGAACUGGCGAUCUCUUGGAGGCCCACCGUGAAGCCAUGAAGAAGAUGCAGAAAGGUGGUAAAUAACCGUUGAGAGUCCACGUUUAACUGGCUGUUUAGAGCCGCUCCUGUUCAUAGUUUGGAGUUUUCUUUUUUGCACUUGUUUUCUUAUAAGAAAACGUUCUGUGGCCUGUACAUACUUUAAACCCACUAGACUCUUUGAUGUAAUUUUUUUUUAUCAUAUUUAGUAACUUACCUGAUUUAGACAGCUACUCUAAUACACUCGGAAUAGAGCAAGACCUUGGAC